AUAUACAGUUCUGUGUGGUCGCAGCACAUAAGCAAAUCCAUUCUUGUGCCGUUUCUCGGAAAAGCUUUUCAGUAAAUGCACUCAUGCUGCUCCAGAAGCUCUUCUCUGCAACAAGCCGCCCAUCUGCCAUCAACAAGUUAAGACCGAGAGAACUAACAGCUGCGGAAAGGAAAGCCGAAGCUCUGAUGAUCGGCAGGAAUCAGGAGGAGGGAAUUAUUAACUUAUAAUCAAAGCUGAUUUAGGGGAUCAGAGCACCAAAAGAAUGGCACGAAUGCUUUCCAGAGGAAUAUCCUAAGGAAAAAAAACAAUUCACCCUGAUAGACUUGAAUUUUACUUGAAAAGCCUAGGACACAGAAAACAGGAAACUGGUCAAAGGCUCCUGCAUGUUAGAGCCUUUUACAGACUCACUGCGUUGAGUCUGACAACCUCGACUGAAUGCAGCCACCAAUGUGCUCAGAAGAAUGGGCUUACAUUUCAAGUGGCCAUUAGGGGCCCCUAUGCUGGCAGCAAUAUAUGCAAUGAGUGUGGUAUUAAAAAUGCUGCCUGCCCUGGGUAUGGCGUGUCCACCUAAAUGCCGCUGUGAGAAGCUGCUGUUCUACUGCGACUCUCAGGGCUUCCACUCAGUGCCAAACGCCACAGACAAGGGUUCUCUGGGCCUGUCCCUGAGGCACAAUCACAUCACAGCGCUUGAAAGAGAUCAAUUUGCCAGCUUCAGUCAACUCACCUGGCUCCACUUAGAUCACAAUCAAAUUUCAACAGUAAAAGAAGAUGCUUUCCAAGGACUAUAUAAACUAAAGGAGUUAAUCUUAAGUUCCAACAAAAUAUUUUACUUGCCAAACACAACUUUUACCCAACUGAUUAAUCUGCAAAAUUUGGACCUGUCUUUUAAUCAGCUGUCAUCUCUGCAUCCUGAGCUCCUCUACGGCCUUCGGAAGCUGCAGACCUUGCAUUUGCGUUCCAACUCCCUGCGGACUAUCCCAGUACGCCUGUUCUGGGACUGUCGUAGUCUAGAGUUUCUGGAUUUGAGCACAAACCGUUUGCGAAGUUUGGCUCGCAAUGGAUUUGCAGGAUUAAUCAAACUGAGAGAGCUUCAUCUAGAGCACAAUCAGCUGACAAAGAUUAAUUUUGCUCAUUUCCUCCGGCUAAGCAGUCUGCACACACUCUUCUUACAAUGGAACAAAAUCAGCAACUUGACGUGUGGGAUGGAGUGGACCUGGAACACUUUAGAAAAGCUAGACCUAACUGGAAAUGAAAUCAAAGCCAUCGACUUGACAGUGUUCGAGACCAUGCCUAAUCUUAAAAUACUUCUUAUGGAUAACAACAAGUUAAAUAGUCUUGAUUCCAAAAUCUUAAACUCCCUGAGAUCCCUCACAACCGUUGGCCUCUCUGGCAAUCUGUGGGAAUGCAGCCCCAGAGUAUGUGCUCUUGCCUCCUGGCUGGGCAGUUUCCAAGGUCGGUGGGAGCAUUCCAUCCUAUGCCACAGCCCUGACCACACCCAAGGAGAGGAUAUUCUAGAUGCAGUCCACGGGUUUCAGCUCUGCUGGAAUUUAUCAACCACUGUCACUGCCAUGGCUACAACUUACAGAGAUCCAACCACUGAAUAUACAAAAAUAAGCUCAUCAAGUUACCAUGUAGGAGACAAAGAAAUUCCAACUACUGCAGGCAUAGCAGUCACUACAGAGGAACACUUUCCUGAACCAGACAAUGCCAUCUUUACUCAGCGAGUAAUUACAGGAACAAUGGCUUUAUUGUUUUCUUUCUUUUUUAUUAUUUUUAUAGUGUUCAUUUCCAGGAAGUGCUGCCCUCCCACUUUAAGAAGAAUUAGGCAGUGCUCAAUGAUUCAGAACCACAGGCAGCUCCGAUCCCAAACACGACUCCAUAUGUCAAACAUGUCAGACCAAGGACCGUAUAAUGAGUAUGAACCUACCCAUGAAGGACCUUUCAUCAUCAUUAAUGGUUAUGGACAGUGCAAGUGUCAGCAGCUGCCAUACAAAGAAUGUGAAGUAUAAUAUCUUCUCAUCAUCAAAACUCACAUCAGAUAAGUGACCUAUUUUACAUAGUAGGGGCUAAAUACAUGUCUAAUUUUUACCAAUGGUGACAUUAAGCCUAAUUUUCCAAACCAAGUGGAGACUUGAGUUUUUGAAGUGUUGAAGUAUUUUUAAUUUUUUUAAUGAAAACAUAUUUUAAGUGUUAAAUGAAGCAAUGCUCAUAUUAAUUUGCACUCUUGUUGGAAAGUCUAAAUGCUUACUUCAAUAUAAAACAUUUCAUGUAUGUAAUUAUAUACAAUUGUAUGUAAACAUUUGCUCUAAGGUCUCCAUAUUUUUUUUUUUUUUUUUGUACUGAAAACAGUUCCAAAAGAAGCUACUAAACAAAUAUAGGUAGGGACAAAAACCUGUUUUAUUAUUCUCUAUCCUAUGGACAACAACUGGCUUCCUACUUAAAAAGGAGACAGCAAAGUUUUCUUGUAAGAUAAUGUGGUAUUUACUCAAACUAUAAUUUACUGCCAGUAUAAGAAGUAGACUUACAUGUGUGCUUAAGACUGGUAAAUAUUAAACGUUAUUCUUUCAGUUUGGCUUGGCUUAAUAAACAUUAUCUAAGUUACAUCAUGAAACCAGCACCUUUUAUAUAACUCUAAUAAAACUGGGUGAUUCUUUAAUAUAUUUCAACAAUAAAUCCAAGCAAUUAUAAAAAGAUUUCAUUAUAAUAAAUCAAUACUAAGUAACUAUGCUGACUUCUUAUACAACUCUAGUUUGACUUAUAAUGGAUAUGCUGAUUUUUGUGACAUUUAGCCUAUUAUUUUAAACUAGUAUUAAAUUACCAUUUUACUAAUUAACUUACUAAAUCCUCUAUUAUGUAAAAAUUUGCAUUUGGGAAAGAGAAAAACUGAGUCAACUUAACAAUCCUGAUAGAUUCCAUCCAGUUUGAAAAUAUAUCCCCUCUCAUGAUUAAAGAUGCCUUGACAAACUG